CUCACCCACAAUCCUUUGCGACGGCAUCAAUAACGAAAAAAAAAUAUAUACACACAGAAAGCUGAGUGGCAGCCGAGCGAGCAAGCAAGCGACUGGAAAAGUGAGCUUUGUGACAAACUGAUAAAAGAAUUGAGGAGUAAAUUCCACACAGCGGAGCAUUUCCGGGUGAGUUUAAUCCGGCUGAGCGCGCGAGUUUGGUACCAGAAUCGCCGCGAUCCUCCUCCUCCUCCUCCUCCUCCCCACUGACCGAUCAUCUCCAUGGACCAGGAUUACGAGCGAAGACUUCUGCGGCAGAUCAACGUCCAGAAUGACAACGCCAGCCCUGUUAAAGUCACAGACGUGAUCCGUCACCUGACACCCACCAAGUCGCCAAUGUCGUCACCCAGCAAGCACGGGGAUCGAUUCAUCCCAUCGCGAGCAGGAGCCAACUGGAGUAUCAACUUCCACAGGAUCAACGAAAAUGAGAAGUCCCCAAGCCAGAAUAAGAAAACCAAGGAUGCGACUUCAGAUACCGGAAAAGCAGCGGACGGUUUAGCGUACUCGGCGCUCCUGAAGAACGAGCUACUCGGAGCCGGGAUUGAGAAAGUCCAGGACCCUCAGACGGAAGACAGGAGGCUGCAGCCUUCGACACCGGAGAAAAGGAGUCUCUUUAAUUAUACUCUCAGUGCUAAGAGAGCCACGCCCGAUGACGGCAACAAUGUCUCUCCUUACUCUUUGUCUCCUGUCAGCAGCAAAAGUCAAAAGCUGCUCCGUUCGCCGAGGAAGCCGACUCGCAAAAUCUCCAAGAUCCCAUUUAAGGUCCUCGAUGCUCCAGAGCUGCAGGACGAUUUCUACCUCAACCUGGUGGACUGGUCGUCCUUAAACGUGCUCAGUGUAGGACUGGGGACCUGCGUGUACCUGUGGAGCGCCUGCACCAGCCAGGUAACGCGGCUGUGCGACCUGUCUGUCGAAGGAGACUCUGUGACGUCUGUUGGCUGGUCAGAGAGAGGCAAUCACGUGGCCGUGGGAACACACAAAGGAUUUGUACAGAUCUGGGACGCGGCAGCCGGCAAGAAACUCUUCACACUGGGAGGACACACGGCCCGAGUCGGUGCUUUGGCGUGGAACGCAGAUCAGCUUUCCUCGGGCAGUCGGGACCGUAUGAUCCUGCAGAGGGACAUCAGGACGCCGCCGCUGCAGUCCGAGCGCAGACUGCAAGGCCACAGGCAGGAAGUGUGCGGCCUUAAAUGGAGCACCGACCACCAGCUGCUCGCCUCCGGAGGAAACGAUAACAAGCUGCUGGUGUGGAAUCACUCGAGCGUGGCGCCCGUUCAGCAGUACACGGAGCAUUUAGCGGCGGUGAAGGCCAUCGCGUGGUCUCCUCACCAACACGGCCUGCUGGCGUCCGGAGGAGGAACGGCCGACCGCUGCAUCCGCUUCUGGAACACGCUCACGGCUCAGCCGCUGCAGUGCAUCGACACCGGGUCACAGGUCUGCAACCUGGCCUGGUCCAAACACACUAAUGAACUGGUUAGCACACACGGUUACUCUCAGAACCAGAUCCUAGUGUGGAAAUACCCGUCUCUGACUCAGAUAGCCAAACUGACCGGUCACUCCUACAGAGUGCUUUAUCUGGCGAUGUCUCCAGAUGGGGAAGCCAUCGUGACCGGAGCAGGUGAUGAAACGCUGCGGUUCUGGAACGUGUUUAGUAAAACUCGAUCAACGAAGGAGUCAGUGUCUGUUUUAAACCUGUUCACUAGGAUACGGUAAAGGGGCGGAGCUCAGGAUCUCAUCGUUUACACCCACUUCUUACGGACAGCAUUUUUUUCCCCUUCCACAGUGGACACUGUACAGUUUUGGACUUGCGGAUGUGCCGCUGCACUGCCAUCGUGGUUUUUUUUUUUUGUGUGUACAGUUUAUGUUCCCAUGAUGUGUCUAAUAACGUAAGCCUGAUUGUAACUAACGCUCAUGGAAGAAAGCUUGUAAAUGAAAACCACAGGCGACACUUAAUCAGAAUCAAAGUAUGUGUAGCAAAAUGAUUGUUUAUUGGAGAGAAUCAGUGUGUAUAUUAAAAAUUGACUGUAUAUUAAGAUGCCAACAAUACAAAUCACCCUGAAAGAGCA